UCAUAACAAUCAGUACAAUAUCAGUCGUGGUUUGGUAGGCAGCGGUAAAGGUACGAUUUCAUUACAUUACACUUGAAUAAGAAGUGCAGAUAAAAAUUGCUAAAAAUAUUAGGCCAAUCAAUUCAAACUUAUUAAAGAAGCAUUAACGUACAUCAUCAAAAAUGUCGCUAGAAGAGAAUUUCAACAAAGCUGCAGAUCAAGUUAAAACUUUGACGAAGCGACCAACUGAUGAUGAGCUGUUGAAAGUAUACGCUUUGUUCAAACAGGGAAGCAUAGGCGAUAACAACACAAGUAAGCCUGGACUUCUGGAUUUGAAAGGAAAGGCUAAGUGGAAUGCAUGGAACGAUUUAAGUGGAACAAGUCAAGAUAAGGCGAAGCAGGACUACAUUGACUUGGUUAAUGAAUUGUUGGCUAAAUAUGAAUAAAUAUUUUCUUUUUUAACUGAGAA